CGUCAUGACGUCAUGAGCCCGCCCACCGAAGUCCGCCCAUCACGGUUUUCCUCACAGCUGAUCACUGAGUCUCCAUUUCACUUCAUUUCCUUUUAUUUUCUUCCUCAACCUCCAUUUAAAGCUCGUUUUAAAUCGUCAUCGUCUUUCAGCGGCUCCUGGUUCAGAUUCUCUGCGGAAACUUCACUAAAUCUCCGAGAAACCGAAGAAGUCAGGCGACGUCUGAACGUACGUGUCGUGAAAGUAAAAACAUGAAGUUGUGUCUGGUCCUGGUCCUGCUGCUCUGCUCCGGGACGCUGCACAUGGCUUCUGGACUGAGUUGCUGCACAGAUCAAGCAUGUAAGUCUACAGUGACCUGCGGGAAUGGAGAAGACGCCUGCUUCAAGUUGACCCCACAAGCGGGGCAAGUCAUCCGUAAGUGCUUCAGCUACAAGUCCUGCAAUCCCCAGGCUGUGGGCAUUAUGUUCCCAGACGUCGCCAAAUUUACCUUGAAUUGUUGCCAGAGCAACCAGUGCAACUCCGGCAACCGCGUCACCAUGGCCACGCCCAUCCUGGCUCUGAUUGGCUCCCUGCUGAGCGUCUGGUGGUGGCUGUGAAGCAAAGCAGACGCGCCAUUUCAGUAUUUAAUGCUACAUUUAAACUUAAGUCAGUCUCUGCCACAUGACUUCCUGUUUCACACAAACUGAACAGUAAAUACGAACCAAACGAACGGCUGCCUCUCCCUUUUCCACUCAGCGCUGGUUUAACCGUGUUCGUUCCUCACUGGUGUUGGGUGUUAGGGGUUAAGUGAAGCCUUCAGCCUGUUGUGUGAUACUAUGGAAAACAGGGAGUAUGUAACUCUUGCUAUCUCACCAUAUAAGGAGUUGUUUUCCGCUUUGCUGCAGCUUGUUCACAUAUUAGGAUACAACACACUUGGAAAUCUACUGAUUCAAACGAACCAAGUUUCAUUAUUUGCAUUAAAUAAAUAACUUUGUUUUCAGUGA